AUGGCAAUUCAAAAGCUUUUCCUGGUCUGCUUUCUUCAACUCGUUUUCGCCUUUUUGCUUGCAGGCCUCACUAAUGCAGGGGGUUUGCAACUCGGAUUCUACCAGGGAGCAUGUCCUGAUGCAGAGCUUAUAGUACAUCAAACUCUUUAUCGUUACAUUUCUAGGGACCGAACGCUUGCUGCUCCUCUGCUAAGAAUGCAUUUCCAUGAUUGCUUCAUCAGGUAUGUAUCUGAUAUCAUCACCAUCAUCAUCAUCUCAAUGUUACCUUGCCACAAAAGCACUUGGAAAUCAAACGUUUUCAUCUUGUUUAGGAAACCACACAAUUCCCAGCAAUUUGCUGCAACGGGUUUAAGUGUAAAGGACCUUUCAGUUCUAUCAGGAGGACACACCAUAGGAAUUGGACACUGCACCAUAAUCUCGAACAGGCUGUACAAUUUCACAGGCAAGGGAGAUACUGACCCUUCAUUGGACCGAAGAUACGCUGCUCAACUGAAGAAAAAAUGCAAGCCUGGAAACUCCAACACAGUGGUUGAGAUGGACCCUGGGAGCUUCAAAACUUUCGACGAAGAUUACUACACCAUUGUAGCUAAAAGAAGAGGGCUAUUCCGAUCCGAUGCAGCUCUUCUUGACGAUGCUGAAACUAGAGACUACGUCCAGUUUCAGUCAAGGACACAGGGAUCCACCUUUGCACAAGAUUUUGCUGAAUCCAUGGUGAAAAUGGGUUACAUUGGAGUCCUGACCGGCAAACAAGGCGAAAUCAGGAAACGUUGUGCUGUUGUGAAUUAAAUCGAUCUUCUAUUGAUUUCCUGAACAUGCACGUGUGAUUUCAUUUGUAUCUGUUUCAUUUAGUUUCCCCCACAUUUGCAACCCAAAUGGUUGCAGGAUGUACUUCAUAAUUUGAGGUUUUUCCUCCAUGUUAUUUCUUGUGAUUUAUUCAAUAUUUCCUUCAUAAGAAUAUAAACAUCCACUACCUUCAUAUUAUUUGAAUA